AUGGAGGUUUUAAAACAGCUACACACCUCUGUCUCUCAGAAUUUUGAUAAACUUUUCGACGAAGCCUAUAAAUCCUUACAUACAGAACUCACGCGGCGCGACGAGUACGUCGAUGAGCUAGACGAGAAGCUAGCAGGUAGAGACAGAAACUAUGUUUCUGCAGAGGUUCUGAAGCUCAACCGCGAGAUUUCCCUCUUAAGAGAGGAAAUUUGUCGAAACGAUGUGGGCCUGGAGGACAUUGAAGGACUGGAAAAAUUGGCCCGAUUAAAGGACGUCUAUUCACCAGAACACCUCCUGUGGAUAUUUGAGACUGGCGAGCAGGAAGAUGGACGCUUCACAGCGGACAGAAUGAAGGCCGUUUGGGAUCAAUAUCUGGCGCUUUAUAAGGAUUUCCAGACACUGAUUGAUGCGUCCAAAGAUCUCAAGGCAAAAAUUAAACGACAUAAAAGAAAGUUACAGUACUGGGGUGCUCAUCUUAACAAAGAAGAAUUCACACUUGUACUUGAUGGCCGUGCAGUCAAAUUCAAACGAGUCUCAGAAAAUACUAGAGAUGAUAUGACACAUACCCCCUCAAAAAAGUCGCCCCUGUGUCCCACUGAUUUGUCAGUGAAGGUUGGAGGUGCUUCUGCACAGAUACACUUAACUCCAACCUCCGACUUGAUUGCAUCCAAACACAACGAACAAGGCAAUGGUGGAUUGCUGUCUGCUACUUCCAUGGAGCCAGCGUCAACACAAUCGGAAAGUUCAAUCGACGGCGACGAAGCCGCUUCAACUCCUCGACUCGCCGAACUUUCGACAGGAUUGAAAGCUGGGGCAUUGAAAAGAAAGCGUGGUACAGUUACAGACCAUGCUUCGACUAGGCCUGGCCUUCACGGCACUCGGGCGAGCGACCAGUUGGCGCAGCCCGUUCUGAUAAAGAGCGAGAGCAUGUCCUCUAGCCCCGUACGAAUUCACCUUGAACAUAACGGCCUAGCUGGAACUCAGGACCUGGACGAGGUUGGCAGCGCUAUCGAAACGCCGAGGAAAAGAAAAUCCUAUCAUCUGGACGGACAGUCCCAUGAGCUUCCAUCAGACACUACCAAGUCUCCUUUGCCCCGCAAUCCAACGGCUCUACGGUUGAAUCGCCAUCAGAUGGAGGGGAGCCAGCUGGCUCCCAAGCGGCUUACAGUACUUCAACCUGUGGACACUAAUCUGCCAAGCGCAAAUGGCCCUAGGAUAUGGUCGGAGCAAAAGCCACCGAACAAGUCAGAAAGACGUAGCAGACAUGCCUUACACUCGGUAGCAGAAGAUGGUGAUGAAAUUUUGAGGCUCGUACCAAGGAGAGGACAAGUGAAGCAGGCAUCCCGUGUCCAGUUGACACAGGCAAGCACGAGCAUGGACAACGUACUGAUACACCGGCGGCUGGACGAUCUCCUGGAACAGCCUUUGCGACCCCGGCAUCCAUUGCAUAUACAGAAGAAGUAUGGAAAUAUUGCUGACUUCGGGCCUGACCAACGGGACAUUUCCCGUGACCAAUUUAUACAAGCCUCGGGGGGUGUCAAGGAAGCCUCAAAAUCCAGUCAGCUAACCGAAUCCGCCAUUGGUAGGCCUUCCAUAUCCAUCGGGGACCGGGAAAACUCAGAAGCCUCUCCGCAGGAAGGUUCGCGGUCGCAUUCGUUCAAAGUUCCUGAUACGAUCGCUGUACACUCGGAAGACGAACCUUUUCGAGCACGACCGCUCCACCGACUCGGUCUUAGACAUUUUAAGAUCAACCCGAAUGCUAAUCAAGGGCUGGACUUCGCGUAUGACACAGUUGUCCGCAGAAAGGAUGAACGCAAGUGUAUCAGUGGCUGCACGCGUCCGGGUUGCUGCCGAGAAAAAUUUCGUGCUAUGGCGCGUCUUGCUACGGACGGCUCAAACGACGGAGAAGAAGAGCAGAAAAUGUUGGAGGACUACCUCGGUGAAGAGAAACAUCUACUCGACCAGCUGAGCGCCGAUGAACGUCAGAGCCUCCUCCAUGAGGCCAGAGCGAGGCGCAUGGCCAACCUCUACAGUAAACAUAGGCAUGACCAUCAGCGUCCCAGCACGCCUCCAGGAUUUUGGAGAACGGACAUGCCUGACACACAAGAGCUGGAACAUGAUCGCGAAGUAGCAAACAACCUCGAAAGGGAAAAAGUGAAGGAGCGGUAUCGAGAAGCAAUGCGUGGCGGAAUGUGGAAAUUCGCUGAUGAAUGA